UAGCGUUACGUAUACCACAGUACUGGUUGAAUAACGGGGAUAUUUGAUUGAUCUAUAACAAUAACUUGAUUCUGACAGAGAGGCUGCUUAUGAAGCCGCACAGCUGUUUGCAAAAACGGUACGUUCCGUGACAGUGAAAGAUAAGCUUCCCAUCACAGUCAUUUAAUUACAUUAACGUUAACCUACGUUGUGGCAUGUUUGCCGUUCAGUUGUCUCGGUUUACCGUUUUGUUGGAGCGACAUGUUGCGUAAAGCUUCGACAAAUGUCAACAAUAAGUGAUUGUAAAUUAAGCGAGUAAUUGUUCCCCCUAACGUUACAUGUAAUGGAUUGACAUUUAAACGAGAGCGAAUAUAAAGGAGCUUGGUAAAGAGCAGUAUGGAGUGGCCAGGGGAUUUUCCUGAAGACCAUGCCUUUGUGGAGCUGCCGGUUUCAGGGGUUUCCAGUGAGCUGGACUUUGAGCAACUCCUAAAAGACACGGAGGAGAAACUCAAUCUCAAUGCCAACAGCAUUGAACGGCAGCUAAAAGAGCUCCAGGCCAAAAUGGGAGAUUCUCGGGAGCGUCCGCUGAGCCCUUCAGAGUGCCUGCAGUGGUUCAACAUCAAAGCGAACAACAGUUUGCGACCAGUUACCACAGGACAUCAAGAGCUCAUGGACUUCUUCAGAGCUCUGAAACAGUACCUGAGGUCUGAAGAGGCGAGGAAAGAGGAGGUGACACUUCAACUACUGCUACAUUUGUCUGCCCAGUGUGGUAUCUGCUUUCCCUGUUCCCCUUCUUCUUCAUCCUCCCCCUCAACUCUGACUGCCUCCUCCAUCCAAUUGGUUCAUCAAGUCAGAGAUGAAGCUUCAUUAGAGAUCCAGGAGGCCUGGGAUGAUGUGCGUCUCCAGCUUCGUCGCCACCUGCUGGACCGGCUGUCUUCCCGAUGCCCAGAUCAUCCUGGAACCAGACAUCUUUCCGUCCCUGAGCGGGUCCACUGUCUGCAACAGCUGUUUUUUCUUUACCCUCAGUCGGAGGCUCUGACAUAUUACCAGUGUCUGAGAAGCCAAUCCGUGCUGGAUCUUCUGCUUUCCGCCCUGAGCUCAAGCCCAGGCGGUGAGACCGGCUUUGACAGACUGGCUAAAGGCUUCCGCCACAUAGUCCCGGCUCUGACCCAAGCCCUCACGGAGGAGCUCCAUGUUCUUUCAAGACUCGCAGAACCACACACCAUCCUGGGUUUCCUUAAUAUGGCCUACCUCAACAAUGUGGCCCGGGAACUGGCCUCCCUGAUGGAGAGAGAAUGUGAGACGGCCCUGAGGGACAACACCACGCUCAGUAGCAAGAUCAAGAAAUAUUCAGCCAGAUCACGGGCAACCGUCGCGCCAAUGGAGCUCCCAAUGAAAAACAGAAGCUUCCGGUUAACUUUACACCAGCUGAGGGCGUUAACCCAGCUAGCAUGCACCCUGCUGGGGUUUGAGAGGAUGGUGAAGGAGCUGGUCACUAAUAUGACCGUCAUUGAUUGUACAGGAGAGACUCCCUCUGUAAAAGGCAUCUUGAAAAAGAACAGAGAGGAAUCAGAUGUGACAGAUGGCAAGACAUCCACGGCAGAAACACUUCUCCAAAUGCCACAGGUGCAGGUUUUGGAGUUUGACUGGAGGUCAGCAUUCAUGGGGCUGGUCCCUCACAUGGCACAUUGUGUUAAAGUGGUGCUGGAUGAUGUUUGUACCAGGAGUCUACAGCAGGAAGAAGCCUUACAUUCUUCAGGACAUACCUCCAUCACCCUGAGCCGAACUACAGGACACACUGCCAUCGCAGCCGGCAACUCGCAUCUCAAAGAAGACUCCUUCUACACCUACUCAGAGAGAGAGACUCCCAAAAUGAUAGCCAAGUUCUGUGGAGCAAUCCUGACUGAGCUGGAUGUCUUACUACCCUUGGCAGCAGCCUGCCGGGAAAGCUCUCUCCUGGAAGUGCAAUCAAGCUUUGUGGAGGCAUGUAGCAGGGCAGUGUUUGCCAUUCUGGGCCGUUUGCAGGAGAGGGCCCUUGAGGUACCAUCCUCUGCACCUCUGAGGAACCUGCCUGCUCUGCUGGCCACUUGCAUUUAUGUGCACCAACGACUGGAGCACUACCAUGCCAGGCUGAGAGAUUCAAAUACUACUGCAGCUAAAGUAGCCCUGACCCUGCUGCCUAUUCAAAAGUACCAGGAUACAGUGGAGGCCUUUAGAGACCAGCUGACCACAUACUGUAUCCAGGUUUGUUCCACCUGCAUUCUUCAAGAUGCAGAGAGUCACCACUGGGCUGACCCCAAACCUUUCUAUGAGGGUGAGCGCUGUUCUUUCUCGGUGCAGAUGUGGUUCUACUUCCUGUGUGGUCUCCGUAGCGACCUGUGGGCGGUGCUUCCAGCAGAGAUGGCCAAGGCGGUGCUCGGCCAGGUGCUGUCAGAGACCUUACAGCUGCUGGUGCAAAGAUAUGCCAGGGCCCGUCCUUCAUACAAGAGACACAUGCAAAUCAGGUGUGACAUUACAGCAUCGUUGCUAUAUGUGGAGCAGCUGAUGUGGAGUGUGUGUAAAAGUCCCGAGGCCUUGGUGCGCUCCAAUCCCUCUACAGCAAUUGCCAUAAUAGCGGGCGGAUCAGACUGGGUGUACCAAAUCCACAGCCUGUGUGACCAACUCCUGACAGUCCUUGUCAUUGUCACUGCACCUCUAUCUUUGCUGUAUAGGAUUUUUAUGAAUAAUCCUGAGACAGAAUCCACGCCACAUCAGCCUGACAGCCAUGAUGUCCACUGGCUGAAUGCUAUCAACCCCGACCUCUUCUCAGAGCAGGCCAUACGAGACGGCCUUAUGGGCCAGGCAGCCUCUGCAUGUCAGCUGAGGCUGCUGAACUCUGACCCCGGAUGCAAUCCCAAGUUGCUGCUGCGAAUGCUGCUUUACAAUGACUGUCACCUGCCCAGAAUUCUCCUGGAAAACUCUCAGUUUUGCCAAGAGAGCUGCUUAGAGAUGUCUGCGGAGAGCUGCAAGGCAGGAGAGGACUUCAAAGUCGCAUUGUUCAACCUCUUCAGUUGCCUGAAUAAUGUUCCCAAGGCCUUGACUCAGAUCCUUCAACCAUACCUGGAAAGGUCACACAUAUGGGAACAUCUCUAUACACUGGCAGACACAACACAGGCUGUACCUGUAGUGAUCAGUUGUGUGCGGACGAUAGUCACCAAGUCAACCAACAGCCUCUUGGUACACCUGGUCUCCAUGGUGAUGGGUUGGCAGACCACAGAGGAGCCCAGUGGAACCUUGUUCAAGCAGAAUGUACCAGAGAGCGUCACGGCUAAAAUACCCAAGGAGUGGAACUACACACCACUGGAAGCACGGGGAAAGGAGACCAGUAAGACUGUCAUAUCCGUAAUCAUUCAGGCCUUGUCCUUCAUUUUCACCAACCUGCCCUUGGCCGUAGCGUCCGUGCCUCUCCCCGUCCGCUUCCUCUUCCAAGUGGCAGAGAAGCACCUCUCCCAGCAUGCCCGGCAGCUGCGCUUAAUGGGCCUGUUACUCUGGGCCCUGUUAGGCUGUCUGAUCCAGGGCCUGGAGGACUCAGACACACUAGAACAGAUCAGUGGUCUGGCACUGGACCGUGGCGUAAAGGAACCCCUGUACCUACUGGCUGAGUGCCUACAGGCUACCAUGGGCAUUCAACAGAAGGGUGUUCCCAAACCUACAGUGCAAAAAGUGCUUCAGUCUCUGGAGGAAAAAAGACCCAAGUGGACAAACAUGCAGCUGCAGAGGGCCCGAAAGCUCUGCUCAGACAGCGUGUUUGAGCGAGGAAAGGAAAGCGGAGUCGCUGCAGCUGAACUGACUGAGCAGAAAAUAGGCCUGAUGCUGCUGGAGGUCUGCCACAAAGCAGGUGGCAGCGACUACCUGAGGCAGAUCUAUCACAUCAUCCAAGGCAAUGAGGAACUACUGAUGUUUAAACUAAAUGGAAGCACAGACUCGCCCAAUGAUCCUCCUGACUCGAUAUACGUUGACCUUGAAUGUGAGAGUCGUGCGGACACUAACGGUUUCAAUCCUCUCCACCAAUUUGACCACAUUGGCAAGAAGAAGCUGGAUCAGAGUGCAGCGGUCGAUUGGGCAUGGGACUGGCCAAGGCUGUUGCCAGCAUAUCAGGGCAUGAGUCAGGUCACCUUCAAAACUCUGCUGGCCAACAGGUGGGAGAUGCAGGAGGAUGCGGAGCUGGAAGAUGCUGAGAAGUGUGUGGUCGAGGAACUUCAGAAAGCUUAUUUAGUUUGCUGCUGCAGCCGGGAAUCACAGGACCCUCCCAAAGCUGAUGAGACACUGGCAGAGCAGACCCAGGGGGAAACUCAACAGUCUGAUAAAACAGCUGCCCAAUAACAGUCCACGCAGUUGGAAUGUUUAUCAUGUUGUAAAUGUUUUCUUGUAAUACUCACUUGCGACUCUCAAGGUAGUAGAGUAAUAGUGUGUGUGUAUGCGCGUGCGUGCAUGUGUGUGUGUGCACAUUUGUAGGUUUGCAUAUGUGUGUGCAUGAAAACACGAGUGAGAGAGCGGACAAGAAACUGUGGAACAAUAAAAAGAGUGAGGGAGACAUUCCCUCACUCUUUAUACACACGUCUCAGACAAACUCGCUGUGCUUUUCUAUAUCAGACGCAUUUCAUCUUUAUGGAGCACAUCUCCAGAAAUCAGUUCUGGGAAAUGGAGAAACUGGAUUUGUUUGCCUGGGACAAGAUGGGACUGUGUGAUCAUUGUCGGUAGUUGAAGUUUUUUUUGAGACAGCGAGUGUAAAGACGUUGGUGUCAGCAUACUUUCUCCUGGUUCCUGAAAGCAAACAUCAAGUCUUACAGUUGGAAAGCAAGAUGAUGUAUGUUUUGAUUACAGUGUGUCCCAAAAAGCUGCCCUGCUAUGUAAUAUCAGUCUGUAUUUUGUGCAAACUGAGAAAACAUUUAUUUUAUAUGUAAUAUGAUUGCUGAGUCUAUUUUUCCA